AUGAAUUCAAUCACAAACUCUUAUAAGAACAACCCCAGCCACGUCAACCAUAGAGUUCCACUGGACUUCAGCAGUGUGCUGACCGUACCUGAUUCCCAUGAAUGGGUUUUCGAGCCACACACAUUAGGAUCAGUUCCACUCAUAAACCUCUCCGACCCAAAUGCGAAAUCGCUCGUAAGACAAGCAUGUGAGGAAUGGGGUGUCUUCCAAGUCAUUAACCAUGGCGUUUCCAUGAAGCUACUAAAAGAAGUUGAAGUUGAGACUUUUCGAUUAUUUUCCUUACCAACUCACCAGAAAAUUUGUGCUCUCCGCUCACCAGAUGGCAUCAUCGGCUAUGGGGUGCCUCGCAUUUCGAGUUACUAUUCUAAGCUCUUGUGGUGUGAAGGUUUCUCGAUGAUGGAGUCUCCGGUGGAGCAUGCCACCCAACUUUGGCCACAUCAACCCGACCAACAAACUACUUUCUGGUAUCUCACAAGUUUAAUGAAAUAA